AAUUUUCUCAUGUUCUCCGCGUCCACAUCACUUAAAAACUGACAGUGUUUUCAAUAUGAUCUGGACGAUGAGAGGAGUUGAGGUUAAUAUAAAUGCUUAAUGCAUAAUUUGAUAUCAUGUUUUCCGCGUGAAGUUACCGCUUAGGAAUCAUUUCUAUGAGCAAUGAUAAAUGAUUUGGUUUACUUUAGUCAGGGUUUAGUAAAAUGUGUGGUAUUUCACCAGCGCUCGCCUUUUUGUAUGCUUUUUAUUUCCAGUGUGUGUAUCUCUCAGAUAUAGGACGACUAAAAAAUGCCGCAGCUCUGAAAAAGCUGAUAUUAGAGGAAAAAAUAAUUCCGGAUCUCAUAGAUGAAGCACCUCUAUACGCUGUAACGGUCCAAUACAGGGGUCGAUCGUUUAGCUUCGGGAAUAAAGUCACAGUUUUCGAUAUUGUAGAAACACCAAAGGUUGUAAACUGGCCACUAAAGAAAGGAGAGAAGUACACGCUUAUUAUGACAGGCUUAGAUGUGCCCACCCGACAGGAUCCCAGGUAUCGGGAGUAUCUCCACUGGCUGGUGGUAAAUAUACCUGAUCAAAAUCUCCGAAAGGGAGAUCAUUUUGGGGAAUAUGAAGGAACAGUUUAUGAUUACCAACAAGGUGUUCAUCGUGUCGUUUACUUAGUGUUCCAACAAAAUGGAACGUUACAUUUAAAAGAUGAUCACCAUCAUACAGAUUUCAUGAAAGUUAAAAGAGAGAAUUUUUCCACACGACAUUUUGUGAAUGAGUACAAUCUAGGAGCACCAUUUGCAAUCAAUUGGGCAGAGGUGCACGAAAGUUGUGAUAUCGUCACUCCUCCGGACCCAGCGAUAAAUGAUGAAGAAGAUGAAGACGGUUCGUGAAAAGGUACCUCUCAACAAAAUGCAAGGAUAGAAAAGUUGGAUUGAGAAAGAAAUAAAUGAAAAAAUAAACAUAAGAACAAUUUUAUAUCUCAAAUCAUCAAAAUGAAAUAGGGUGUCUUAACAUGAAUUUUAAAGGUUUUAAAUGAAUUGAACAAGUUUUAGGAGAGAACACAAAUUUGUCCGCAUUGCAGAUCGGUUUGAACUUGAUUCUUUAACGGGUGGGUACAAAAGCCACUUAAGUCAAGUCAUUUCAGUUGCAAAUACUUAAACAUGGAAAAAUAAUAAAAUGAAAGAAUGGGGGAAAACAAGGCUAAAUGAUUAAAAUACUAAAAAGACAGGACGCUUCGAGCUGUCACACGGCCAUCACUAUACCUCGGUCUCGACAAUUCUCGAGUGUAAAGGGUCAACCCGAGGAACAUCUUCAGAGAUGUAUUGGAGAUGAUCGUAGUCAAAGAUAGGGACAUGGGACAAGCCAUGCAACUGUCGAUCAGAGGUGGAAAGGUUAAGGACUCCAUAUCGCCAAUUUUUUUAGAAAUAAAAAUUGGCCUCAGCAAAUGCGCAUUUAAUAUCUGUUCGAAUUUUCAAAUGUGUAGGAGCAGAGGUUGCCUACCCACCUUGUUUAAUGUUGUUGAUAAAUAUGUGACCACUAUUUCCCCUCGGAUGGUCCGUCUACCAAAGUUCAGUGGUUGCGAUUGCGUAAUAACAACUGGGAUUAGGUCAAGACUCAAUUUUUAUUAAUUUUGAUUGUUCUUACACCCGAGACAGCUCAAAACGUCCUGCUUUUCUCGUGGUUCAAUAUUUUAGCCUUUGUUGUGCUCAUUUUUUUUUUUAUUUUUCAUUCUCUCGUGUUCCUGUUCAUAUUUCCGAGCUAUAUGUAACUGUGCAUCAUCGUUGUAAAUAAAUGAGUGAGCAAAAUGUUAGUAAAAUAAAUUAAUAGACACGUU